UAUAAAUCCCAAUUCCUUUGACGAACAAAGGUAACAAACAGUUGGUGCCCGUGCCAUACAAUAAUCCUCAACCUCAUAUUCAUUGAUUCCCUUGGAACCAUCGAUCAUGACGAUGAAGUACGAAGUGGCGUCCUUCGCCGGCGGUAAUACCAGCGGUGGAACACUACCACCGGCAGCGGAGCGGCAUAAUAACAACGGCGGAGAUGUGGCGGUGCCGGUGGGGUACAGGUUCAAGCCGACGGACGAGGAAUUGGUAAAGCAUUACUUGAUGGACAAGGCCUUCAAUCCCGCUUCUCCACUUCCUUCCUACAUCGGCCGCGACAUCCAAGCCUCCCGCUUCCUCAAUCUCCCUCCCCAUCGUCUUGUGUCGUUGAUGAGCAAUGGAGAGAGGGAGUGGUUCCUCUUCAUCCACCAAGACCAAGAUUUGGAAAGUGAAGCUAUUUGGACGACAGGCUGUGAGGUGCGACGAAUGGUAGGGAACGGCGUAGGGUUCUGGAGAUCCUUCCAAGCCUCAGAAAAGCCCAUUUGCGACUCCUCUGGGGCCCCAUUGGGCUUCAAGUCUCAGUCCACUUAUUUUACAGCCGCCUCCUCUUCCUCUUCCUCUUCCUCAAAGAAGACUCACUGGAAACUCCAUGAGUAUCGCCUUCACAGUCCUCGAAAUAUCAGGGGACAAGAAUGGGUAUUGGCCAGACUUAUAAGGGGCACCGACUACAAUAGGAACAUGUAAACAUUGCUUUUCUUUUCCAACAUUCUUUGUUCAUUUCAUUUGUCUACAUUCCUUAUUCUUUCGUUAUUGAGAUGUAUGUAGCACGACAGCAUUGUAGC